AAAGUCUUGGUCAUGAAGAUUAAGAAGCCCACCACCAACAACCCGAUCACUACUAUUUCCAGGUCUAAUAAUUGAGAUCGAUUAUUCUCCACCCACAUAUUUACUCUCUCUCCAGGCCUCUAUGCAUUUCUUCAAACACAUAUUGAACUCUUAGUAACCUGCUCAAUUAACUUGAUUUUCUUGGAAGAUCUAUCUUCUGAAAUUAGUUGAUAUUUAAGCAAUGGCUGGCAUCUUGUCAAUCAAUUUGUCUUCCGAUGCCUUCGUUUCUCGCUGCUGGGAUUCCAUUGUUGGAAGACAACAUUAUGUCAGCAAGCUCCAGAAAAACCUUGAAGCUUUGACUACUUCUUUAGAAGACCUUAAGUGUUUAAUGAAUGAUGUGAAGAGAAAGGUUGAUGUUGCUGAGCAGCAGCCACACAUGAAGCGGCUAGAACAGGUACGGAGCUGGAUUGUGAGAGUGGAAACUAUGGAGACUCAAGUCCACGAAGUUCUCAAUGGUAGAAUUCAAGAAACUGAGAAACUGUGUUGUGGAGGUUGCUGUUCAAAGAACUAUAUUUCCAGCUACAGGUAUGGGAAAAAAGUGGUCAAGAAGUUGCAAGAAGUCACUACUUUAAAGGAGGCCGGAGUUUUUCAAGAGGUAGCCGAGAGGUUACCUGCGCCCUUAGUCAGUCAAAGACCUAUUGAGCCAAUUGUGGGCAUGGAAUCCAUGUUUGAUAAGGUUUGGAGACACAUUGAAGAUGAAGAAGUGGGAGUGAUUGGCUUGUAUGGGAUGGGAGGGGUGGGAAAGACCACCCUUCUUACCAAGAUCAAUAACAACUUCCUCCACAGCACUAAUGAUUUCAAUCUUGUGAUCUGGAUUGUGGUCUCCAAGGACUUCAAACUUGACAACAUUCAAAACAAGAUUGGUGAGAAGAUUGGGUUUUCGGAUGAAACAUGGAAGCGUCAAGGGCAAGAUGUGAAAGCUGAGGACAUCUCGAUGGUCUUAGGCACAAAGAAGUUCGUGUUGUUCUUGGAUGAUAUGUGGGAGCGAGUUGAAAUCACCAAAGUUGGAGUUCCAUUUCCUGACAAACAGAACAAGUGUAAAGUACUCUUCACAACUCGUUCGGAGGACGUUUGUGGUCUUAUGGAUGCUCAUGUGAAGAUUAAAGUGGAGUGUUUGGCAUCGGAAAAGGCAUGGACCUUGUUUCAACAGAAAGUUGGAAAAGAAACUCUUCUAGUUCAUCAAGAUAUCCCUAGACUAGCUGAGGUUGUGGCAAAAGAGUGUGGCGGCUUGCCACUUGCAUUAAUUACAGUUGGUCGGGCCAUGGCUUGCAAGAAGACACCUGAAGAAUGGGAUCAUGCAAUUCAAGUUCUCAAGAAAUCCGCAUCAGAGUUCUCUGGAAUGGAAGAUAAGGUGCUCCGUCUUUUGAAAUUCAGUUAUGAUAGUUUACCAUCAGAGAAAGUUAGAUCAUGCUUCUUAUAUUGUGCUUUAUUUCCAGAAGAUUUUCUAAUACCUAAAGAUACUUUAUUAAACUGUUGGAUGGCUGAGGAAAUGUGGGAUGAACAUGCUAAUGUACAUGAAGGACGAAGUGAAAGUUACCAUAUUAUAGGUGUUCUUCUUAAUGUAUGUUUGUUGGAAGAAUAUAAACGGAACUUUGUGAAAAUGCAUGAUGUCAUCCGCGACAUGGCGUUGUGGUUGGCUAGUGAUCCUGCUAAAACAAACGAGAGUUUCCUAGUGCAUGCAAGUGCAGAUUUGAUUGAAGCACCCAAUGUUGGAAAAUGGAAGAGCAUGAAAAGAAUAUCUUUGAUGUCUAAUCGCAUGGAGCAUCUAGUUGAAACACCGAAUUCUCCUAGUUUGUUGACCUUGUUUCUUGGAGGAAAUAAUUUGAAGAAGAUUGAUGAUGGCUUUUUCGAUCACAUGCCUAGUCUAAAAGUUUUGGAUUUGUCUGACAAUAAGGAUCUAACGCGGUUGCCAUGUGGAGUUUCAAACCUUGUUUCAUUGCAGCAUCUGAAUUUGUCAGAAACUGGUCUAAAAGAGUUGUCAGAGGAGAUAAAGAACUUAUCAAAGCUAAAAUAUUUGAACUUGGAGUUUACGGGGAAACUUGAUUCUGUUCCACCAAAUUUAAUAUCAAGUUUUCCCAUGCUGAAAGUUUUGAGAAUGUUCAAAUGUGGUUCUUCUGACAAAAUUCUUUUUGAAGGUGAAAUAUCCAUGAUAGAGGAAUUGCAGGGUUUGAAACACUUUGAUGUGUUGACUUUGAGCAUUCGAAGUACAGCUUGCUUCCACAAGUUUCUCAAGUACCACAGGUUAGUGACCUGCACUGAAACUCUUCUUCUCAUGGAUCAGAAAAACCGUUCGAGCUUUCUUGAUUUAACAUCUCUGCUGAACAUGAAAAAUCUUGAUUUGCUUCAAAUUUCUGAGUAUCCAAAUUUGGAAGAAAUAGACAUUGAUUGGGCAGGAGCAACUAAUGAUCCUCGGAACUCAAUCAUGACAAACCAAAGUUGCUACAUUGCUCUUCAACAAGUAUCUGUAAGCUCUUGCUUCCAAUUGAAUGAUGUGACGUGGCUCAUUUUUGCUCAGAAUCUCAUCAGUUUAUAUGUAUAUGGCUGCGCCGGAAUGCGGGAAAUAAUCAGUUCUCAAAGAUUGGGUGCAAAUGUUGUAAGACACAUGAAACCAUUUGCAAAACUUUCAGUUCUUGAUUUGUGGGGUCUUCCGCUCUUGAGUAGCAUAUAUAGAAGUGCACUGCCAUUUCCAUAUCUGAGUGAAAUCAGAAUAUCUGGAUGUCCAGCACUUAGAGAGUUGCCACUGAACUCCAGCAGUGCCCGAGGAUGUAAUCUCAUCAUCCAAGGAGAGGAAUGGUGGUGGAAUCGCUUACAAUGGCCGAAUGAAGAUGCUCGAAAUGCUUUCCUCCCCUGCUUCAGACGUCUUAGUAGUAAUAAUCAGGGUCUUCCAUGAACAUGGCAGGUGAUGAGUUAUGAUUAAUCUCAAUUAUAUGAAGUAAGAAGCUUUUCUUAUGCACCUUUCUCAAUUCAUUCCCUGUGAAAUACUCAAAUACAGACCAGUUAUUUCCUGUAUUAUUGUUGUUUGGAUAUUCAAAAUAAAGAUAAAGUGGAUGA